UUUCGCUUUCUUCUACGCGUACUAAUAUCUUGCUUGCUUCUUCAUUACCAGAUCCUCAUCCUAUAUCAUCCUCGUAUUCUGGUUCUUGACUUUGCGCAAACAACGGUGGCGGAGAAAACGGCAGAGCGUUCUAUUGCAGAAAUAUGGGGAAGAUCUUGAAAUCUAAGUCUUCUUGGCCAAGAACCGUCGUUAGGAAGUGGCUAAACUUACGUAGCAGCUCUAACGAGUUCCACUCCGAUUACCAAGUCGAAGGUGGGAGAUUGACUUGUGAAGUGAUGGAGCCAACUCAGCCGAGGAGAAAAAGUUGCUCUGACGGUGAUUACUAUUUGAUCGUACCGGGAAAGUUUCCAGGUUGGUUGGGCCAAACAAAUGGGGAUUUAGAACAUGUGACACGUAUUGAUGACAAGCUUGAUCUCAAAAUGUUCGUCGGGACAUGGAACGUGGGAGGGAAGUCGCCACAUGAUGGAUUAGACUUAAAAGAUUGGCUUAAAUCUCCCGCCGAUGCCGACAUUUACGUGCUAGGGUUUCAAGAAAUCGUGCCGCUAAAUGCCGGUAACGUACUUGGAGCAGAGGACAAUGGAAAUGCGGCUAAGUGGUUGUCUCUUAUCCGAGAAGCCUUGAACCACAACAACAACAAAUUAUCGCAAAAUGACCUCGAACUUUCUAAAAAUCACAGAAACUACUUGGAACUUGCUAAAUCAUCACAACAGCCUCGUCACAGCUUGUCCAGUCUCCCGGAUGAUAACCCAUUUGCAUGCAAUUUGACUCCUCUUAAAAGCUAUUCCCUUGCAGCGAGUAAACAGAUGGUGGGGAUAUUUUUGUGUGUAUGGGUAAGAGAUGAUCUCCGGAAAGGUAUUAGCAACCUCAAGGUUUCAUGCGUUGGUCGUGGCAUCAUGGGAUAUCUUGGAAACAAGGGCUCGAUAUCUAUCAGCAUGUCAUUGCAUGAGACGAGGCUAUGUUUCGUUUGUACGCAUCUAACGUCUGGAGAAAGAGAAGGUGAUGAGGUCAGAAGGAACUUAGAUGUGACCGAGAUAUUAAAGAGGACCAGAUUUUCGCGUUCUUCUAAAGAUUCUCAACCUGAAACAAUAAUGGACCAUGAUAAGGUAAUAUGGCUUGGAGAUUUGAAUUAUCGGCUACGAACCAGCAGUGACGUGCAUGUACAGCUUAUGAAUCAUGAUUGGAAAGCGCUUCUAGAAAAAGAUCAGUUGAAGAUAGAACAAAGAGCUGGUAGAGUUUUUCAAGGAUGGGAAGAAGGAAAGAUUUAUUUCGCACCAACGUAUAAGUAUCGUGUUAACUCUGAUAAUUACGUUGUGCAAACCGAAAAAUCAAAGGAAAAGCGCAGAACACCAGCUUGGUGUGAUCGAAUAUUAUGGAAAGCUGACGGGAUGACACAACUUUGGUACACGAGGGGAGAAUCAAGAUUCUCGGACCACAGACCGGUUCAAUCACUAUUUUCAUUUCAUAUUGAUUUAACUCAGAAUCAAUCAAACCGAAAAACUAGAUCGAUCCACCAAAACCAUCGUCCCAACCCGGUCUUGUCUUACACAUGCCAUGGGAAAGUCCAGGCAGAGGAGAUCUUGUUACUCACACGUGCACAAAGUUGUAUAGACACACAACCUAGACUUAUAUCGUCUGCGUCAUGAUUCGUUAGUUUCUUUGUUUUUGUUAUUUUUGGAUGUUUUUAUGUUGGCAAAGAAGAUACGAACAUGGAUUCCUAGGAUUGCAAAAUGGAGCUUUAUUGGUAAAAGCACGAUUGUUAAAUCAUUUUAAUAUUAGCUAAUUAUGGUGUAAAAUAUAUAAGAGUUUAAUUUAUAAAAUUUGGAGGUUUGUUUUCGA